AUGAAACUGGUAGCGAUUGGUAAACGACUGGAGCUUCGACUAGAAGACAAGAGUACCGGUGCGUUGUAUGCAAAGUGCCCUAUCGAAGCUUUUCCCGGUGUUUGCAUUGAACCGGUUACUGAUUCAUCUCGUUAUUUCGUUAUUCGACUAAAGAAUGACGCUGAGCAAACGGCAUUCGAUCAUUUUAAAUACAUCGAGAAGUCGUCGCAAUUUGAGGAAGCAUCAGCAUCGCAUCCGAGCUUGGAUCUGGCGUUUAAGGACGGUCAAACAAUAUCUAUCAAUAUUGGAAAAAAGAGUGCCACCGGUCAACCACUUCCAACUCGACCUCGUCCGCAGCCACCUCCACUAGGUGGCAAUAUUCCACUUUUACCCCCACCUCCAGGAAGCUCCGGUCGGUUGCAAAGCGAACCUAUUGAUGGCAUUACUGCCGUUCCGAAUGAUCAGAACAUACUGGAGUGGCAUUAUGUGAUUAGAGGAUCCUCUGACACACCCUAUGAAGGUGGCUAUUACUACGGGAAAAUAGUCUUUCAGCCCGAUUUUCCAUGGAAGCCUCCAGCAAUAUGCAUGUUGACGCCUAAUGGAAGGCUGUCUGAAAUUCCACAUGAGUAUUUCCUCGGGUUUGAGACCAAUGUGAGACUCUGUUUAUCCAUUUCCGAUUACCAUCCAGAAUCUUGGAAUCCAGGCUGGACUGUCUCAUCUAUCCUAGUUUGUUGUUGUUUUAGUUAG